CGAUCAUCAUCAUUGAAAAAUUUUGAUGUUACCCAAGUUAUUGUUGGAUCUUGAUUCCAUUCUAGUCCCACUAGUAACUUUGUUUUCUUUAAUUAUUUUCAUCUCGAUUAAUCUCUCUCUUUUAACAGGAGGGAAGACAAAAUCUACCCCCAAUUUCAUGAAACAAGACGACAAUUCAUGGCUAGGUUACAUCGACAAUGAGCAUAAAAUCACCUUAGCGAGAUUGGCCCAUAACCUAUCGUGUGGCGAAGAUCUGGGACUUUUUCGAUUCGUGGGUUGGUAAGAUGUGCCAAUCUCUCCACCUACCCAUUUCAGGUUUGGGCCCCAUCUAUCAUACUAAAAUCAAACUCUAAAAUGUGCCUUAAAAGGAGCUUCCGGGAGGGAGAGAUAUAAUUUUUAAGGUGCCGAAGAAGCAAGACUUCAUUUUCUCUUUCUCUUUCGCCUCCUUCCUCGGGUCUCUGUACAGAUAACAAGACGUUGGAGGCUGGAGCAGACGAGAUAGAUUUUGCACUCCCGUACAAAGAACAUCCCUUCUUGGAGGCCCCAUCCCUAAACUCCCCUCUGAAAAAAUAUUUUUUUUUUCAUUUUUUAUUGAAAAAAAUUAAUACAAAACAUCGGAAAUUAUCCAGACAUUCCAAAGACCAACGGCAACCCUACAUAUUAAUUCCCUUCACCUCCUUCUCUCCUCUAUUUGUUUUCCUCAACCUAUCUUUUUCUGUCUUUAUUCAUACAUAUAUGAUAUCUGUCUUUUACUUUUUUUUGCAUCUGGGUGCCUCAGAUUUUACGAGUUUCUUAUCAAAUUUUGGAUUUUGAAUUAACAUUCUGAUUUUCUGGUGAAUUUUUGGAUUGUUUCAAGUUUUGGGUUUUCAUAACUUUAUUCUUUAAUUUGGAUCAAGGUUGGUUUCUUUCUAAUUUUUUGUGGUUCUGUCAAUGGGCGCUUUGGAUGAGGGCCAUUUCUGUGUUGAGCUUGAGAAUGGAAUGAAGCUGGAUGUAAGUGACCUGGGUUUGGAGAGAGAGCCAGAAACUAUAGCUAUUGAGGAUGCUGUGAAUGUUCUGUUGCAGGGUUUGGGUGAAGAUGUCAACAGAGAAGGUCUUAAGAAAACUCCUUUUCGUGUUGCCAAGGCACUUCGAGAAGGAACAAGAGGUUACAAACAAAAAGUGAAGGAUAUUGUUCAGGGAGCUUUAUUCCCUGAAGUGGGUUUGCAUGAUGGAGUUGGUCAUGCUGGAGGAGCAGGUGGGCUUGUGAUUGUUCGAGAUCUUGAUCUGUUCUCAUAUUGUGAAUCGUGCUUGCUCCCAUUUCAGGUUAAGUGUCAUGUAGGUUAUGUGCCAUCUGGUCAGCGGGUUGUGGGAUUAAGCAAACUCUCUAGAGUAGCUGAUAUUUUUGCCAAACGGCUUCAAGAUCCACAGCGUCUUGUAGAUGAAAUAUGUUCGGCUGUACACCAUGGAAUCAAGCCCGCAGGGAUUGCUGUGAUACUCCAGUGUUUUCACAUUCAUUUUCCAAAUCUGGAGUCUGUCUUUCUUGACUCAAAGCAUCAAGGAUGGGUAAAGGCACUGGUGUCUUCAGGUUCAGGGGUUUUUGAAAAUGAAAAUGCUGAUGCUUGGAGUGAUUUUCUGGGUCUUUUGAAAUUCAGAGGUAUAACUGUGGAGAAAAUCCUAACUAGGGAUUCUACAAAACAAAGUUGGUGCCCUUCCUACUCUUCCUCUGUGGCUAAAAUUCCCUCAGAGCUUGUAGCACCCAACCCUGGAAUGAUUGCUGCAGUAACUUCAAUACUCAGAUCUUUGGGUGAAGAUCCAUUAAGGAAAGAGCUUGUAGAAACUCCUAGCCAUUUUUUGAGGUGGCUGAUGAACUUUCAGAAUACAAAGCUGGAGAUGAAGCUGAAUGGCUUUGCGUGUGGCAUAACAGAUCUUUUUAAACCUAGUGUGGAACCCUCCCGCAAUAAUGAACAGAUACAUUCAGAGUUGAACCUCUCAUUCUGGUCUCAGUGUGAGCAUCAUCUACUUCCUUUUCAUGGUGUAGUCCAUAUUGGCUACUUCUGCCCUGAAGGAUUCAAUCCCAUUGGAAAGUCCCUUUUGCAGUCAAUAGUACAUUUUUAUGGUUUCAAGCUCCAAGUGCAAGAAAGACUUACCAGGCAAAUAGCAGAGACGGUUUCAUCACUCUUGGGUGGAGAUGUCAUGGUAGUUGUGGAGGCUGACCACACAUGUAUGAUUUCUAGAGGGAUUGAGAAGUUUGGCAGUAACACAGCUACUGUUGCUGUGCUGGGUCGAUUUUCAACUGAUCCUCCUGCUAGGGCUAUGUUUUUGCAGACCAUUCCAAACAGUAUAUUUGGAAUAUUGUAGUCAUAACCUGAAGUUCUUUUUCAGAGCUAGAUCUUGUCAUUCUUUGCCUCAACUUCAUACUUUUUCAGUCUGCAGCAUUUGCAGCAAAUGGUAUAAUUCAUACCGUAUACUCUCUUCAUGGGUUACCAAAAUGCAGCUUGGGAAUGUUCC